GUUUCAGUCAGGGGGCUGGGCUGAGUCUGCACAGUCACAGGCAGGAAAUAUCGUGUGUGUGAGUGAGUGUGUGGUUGUGAAAGAGGGGGGGUUAUGUAUUUAGGGACGUGUUCCUCCUUGCAUGACUUCUCCCUCUCUUUCUUUCUUUCUCUGCUCAGACGUGUUGCGCCCCAUCGCUAACUCACUCCUCAAGGUAAGUUUGUAAAAUUUGCAUUUGUUCUGCUUCUUAAAGCCGUUUUCCUCACGAAGUCUAGGAUUCUGGAUUCUUUUCUAUUGUUCCUUCCUCCCACCUCUUUCCCGGCAUGCUCUCAAAAUUGCAUUCCUGCUCCUGAAAUCACAAGAGGAAUUUCAUAUCAGGACAAUGAAUCUAAAGUCUGUCUUGGUACAACUUGUGCCUGUUUGACAUCCAUUUUCUCAUUCAGUCUGCUCUCAUACUGGGUUUCAUUUCCUACAAUGGGAAAAGUCCCACCUUUGGUCUGACUUCCCUGUCUGUCCCUGUCUUACUUCCUACACUUUAUCCUGAUCUUAUUUAUUUACAACUUCCUUAAAGUAAGGGUGUGGUUUUGAAGUGGUGCCAGACCCAGAUCUAAUGAUAUGGUUUUGACAAGAACCACGCCUAUAAAGGUUGAAAGGUUUUAUUUAAUCAUAGUUUUGUAUCACAUUACUGUUUUUACUCCACUUUGUUUGUCUGGUGGAUCAGUCUUUCUUGGUUACACCCACCCUCAGAUGACAGAUCUUCCUCAGAUCUCUCUGCACCGCCUGCAUAUUGUCUCCUCUCAUAUUUCUAUCUGGUUAUCAUCACACAAAUGACUGAUGGAGUCGGUGACCUGUGUAGGGCGUCUGUGACCCCAUGUCUCCACCUGAACUCCUCUGUCCACUCUGCCUCUCUGUCUCUCUGUCUCUCUCUCUCUUUUGGAUAUUCGUCUCGCACCAAGGCCAAGAGGGUAACUUUCUGUCUUUAUAAGUCAAAGAGGAAAGUGUCACGAUUAAAUUUAUGUAUAUUGAUUUACAUAUUAGGUUGGGACAUUAACUUUACAAUGACUAAUAUGGACGACAGGCACGUUUCUCUGCAAAAAGUGAAGCCAAUAUCAAUCUGCUCUGGUAUUAUAUACUCGGAAGUGAAUUUUGACGGGCCUGACUGUACACAUCAAGCCCGAUGCAAUUUUGCGACUUUCCGGGGGGGGAAUGGACGCAUCCCGGGGAAGACUUUUCCCAGGGAAAGUCCCGCCUCCUUCAUCUCCGAUUGGCUAGAAAAGCUGGAAAUGUCAUCACAUGCUCAAGCCAAACAGUCAGCACUUAUAGCCAAUCAGAGGUGAUAAGAUAAGCACAUGAAACUAUAAUAACAACUGUUAGCUUACAUUAGCACAGAUGAAAGUUAAAACAAAGACGUUUAGCAAACUGUUAAAGCACACAAACAUCGUCAUAUGAGAGAUCUGACGCCAUGUUGUCCUUCAGGUCGUUAUCUUUGUAAUAUUUGUGUUUUUUAUCAAAAAGCACUCUGUUCUCCGACACGUAAACAAUCAGCCGGUCGGCCAUGUUGGAUAUACCGGUGAAUCUGAAAAAAAAUAUUGACAUCCGAAAUAAUCGCAUGACAAAAACAGUUCCGGUGUGAAAGGACCUUAACUCUUCUAAAUCAGUGAUAAACACGACAGGACUCCAUAUUUGUCAAGCUUGACGUCACAUCCCUUCUUUUAGCGCAAAAAAAAUGAACUAAAGGCACAAUGGGGAGUUUUUAAGUGGUUGAGAACCAGCUUCAACUGAUACUGACGCCUCUAUGUGACUUAUAGAAGUAAAUUAUACCUGGUCCUGGAGGGGAAAUGUACGUAGGCUUUGGAGGGUCAAUGGCAUUAAAUGAAUAUUCAUGUUUUUGAAAUAGUUUUUUACAGCCUUAGUGAAAUUGUGAUUCCAUUGACCUUUAUAGCUAUUGUUCAAAAGCUUGUAGGCUUCUGUGUUGAGGAAGUAUCUGCAAGCUGAACUUAGUUGCACAAUGCUGGUUUUAAGGCUCACUGAGAGACCACAGAGAAGAACAGCUCCUCUGUUCAGGAUAGGGUCAUGGGUGUCUUCCUGGGCAUGUUCAGGUACCUACAUUUCUUAGACGCGCCCCUGCUUCACCUGGACUUUCAUUUAUCUGUUGCCGUCUUGGUUGCCCUUUGUGCAAAAGGAGGUUAGGCUAAAACAAAAGGAGGAGCUGGAGUUAGAAGAGGUGUAGAGGAGUGGAAAGAUGGAGCAGCCAGCAGCUUGCUCUCCCCGUAAUUAUCCUCUUGGUGUUUAGCUUUAGCCAGGAACCAGGAACCCGACUCUUACCCCCCAACAGGCCGCAGGUAGGCUUUCAUCACACCCGGCUCCAGUUACGUCCCACAUAUAAGCUAACCAGGCCAGGUGAACGCAAACACUCCUCCUUCGCCAGACCUCUCGAUCCCUUACAACCUCACACACACUCACACACACACUUCAGUGGACACGCAGAAUGGAGCAGGAGUCAGACAGCAUGCCGGAGGCACCGAUGGAGAUCAUACAGUUAAGUGGAUCAGGCCUCUUCUUCUCUGCGUCCUUACCUAAACUUUAAACUGCUGUCUAAGCAUUGUAACUUUAACCUUGGGGCCCCUGCAUCAGCCUCCUCAGGCCCUCUCUCCUUGCUCCCUUACGUCCUCUCCUCUUCUUCCCUCCCUUUUUAUAACUUUGAUACAUCAGACCUCAUGUUUUAACCUCUGGAUGAGGCUUUUGGCUCCGUUUAGAAGCUGUUAUUUGAUCAUGGAUGGCUAAAAACAAUGGAGAGGUGGUAUAAGAUAACUAGGGGGAAGCAGGUUGAAAAACCAUGCUCGAAACUGAAACAUGAAAAAAAAAAAGGGGCGGAGCUGCAGAUGACCUCGAGUUGUGCUGACAAAUAGCGCUAAAAGUUUCUGCUUUUUCUGCCGCCUCAUGGGCGAAUUUUAACACAGGAUAUGGGAGAGUUUGCAGCAAGGCGUUACAUGUUGCAUAAACCUCCUCAGUGGCUUUUUGUUAGUUAUUUACUCCUGCUUUAUUAUCUUUGGCUGUUGCUUAGAGUCUCUGCAGCAGUGAAACACAGACUGCUUACUCAUGUAUUACAGUCUUCUGAGUAAGUGCAAUAAAAGCGUCACUUAUGUUGAUGUUUAUUUAAUACCUAUCUGGGCGUGUAACACUGUCAGGGUUUUAUUUGCCAACACCACAACCAAUCAUAAAGAUGUACUGAAUCAUCGUUCCAGGCAAUUUCAUGAUCAUCAAUGUGAGUUUGAUAAGAACCAUAUCAUGUGUGACCACGAGGAAAAACCUUCUGAUUAUCUGGGAGCAUAAGACUGUCAGUGGGUAGGGAUAGCUGGGUUAAAAUAUGACCAAAUUUAUUCAUUCAGUGAGCAACAAGUAUCAUAUGAUAAAAGUUCCAACAGUUUGAAAAAAUAUCAUAGUAUAGCGUGAUAAAAAUAUCAUGGUAUAGCGUGAUAAAAAUAUCAUGGUAUAGUAUACUGUGGUAGUAUUGUAAGAUAAAAAAAUGUCAUAGUAUAAAAUGUUAAAAAAGGUCAUUGUAAAGUACGAUAAAAAUGUCACAGUAGAGAAGGAUAAAAAGAUGUCAAAGCAUAGUAUGCUAAAAAAGGUCAUUGUAUAGGAUGUAAAAAUGUCAUAGUAUUGUAUAAUACCAAUAUCAUAGUAUAGUAUGAUAAACUGACACAGUAUAGUUUGAUCAAAAUGUCAUAUUAUAGUAUGAUAAAAAUUUCAUUAUAUAGUUUGAUAAAAAUAUAGUACAGUAUGAUAAACUGUCACGGUAUAGUAUGAUAAUAUUGUUAUGUUAUAGUAUGAUAAAAAGUGUCCUAGCAUAGUGUGAUAAAUAAGUCAUUGUAGUAUGACAAAAAUGUAGCAUGAUAAAAAAAUCAUAAUAUAGAAUGAUAAAAAUGUCAUCAUAUAGUAUGAUAAAAGUGUCAUAGAAAAAUAUGAUAAAAAUGUCAUAAUAAUCUAUGAUAAAAAAUCAUAGUACAGUUUGAUAAUAAUAUAGUAUAGUAUGAUAAAAAAUGUCAUAGUAUAGAAUGAUAAAAAAUGUCAUAGUAUAGUUUGAUAAAAAAUGUCAUAACAUAGUUUGAUAAAAAUGUCAUAGUAUAGUAUGAUAAAAAUGUCAUAGUAUAUUAUGAUAAAAUGUCAUAGUAAAACCUCAUAAUGCAAUCCGGAAUUACCAGAUAUUAUUCUCAUACACUCACAACAAAAACACAGCAAAAAAGUGAGAUAAGGGACCACAGCACCUUUGAUGAUAAAACUGCAGCUGAAUAAAACCAUUACACAAUAAAUGUCAAUCUGGCGACAUAUAUCAUCAUAAUAGCGCCACCUAAUGGCAGUGUUUAAGACCUUACAACAAAUAAUACUCAAGAUCGAAACAACGUGACAAUGGCGUGAACAGCGCACACCUAAUACACACCAUAGACAGGUGAACAGCUCCCUUGGGAAGCCCACAAGAGGUUGUGUCCACCACACACGUAUCGCCAGUUACGCAUUACCUAAAUUCCACUUUCAUUCAAACAACAUGUAAACUACAAUAUAAAUUCCACGUAGAACAAUACACUCACCAAUGUGGAUCAUGUUUUGAAGAGGAAUGACGCUCUGCGGUCCUCCAUGUCCGCAAACUUCUCUGUGACCCACGAUAAUCCGGUGCAUUAGUGAAAAAUGUCAAUUGUUGUGUUACUACGGUAGCCGAGCUAGCGAGACCUGUUCAGUUUACACUCUUUCCUCUAAUCAGCCAACGAGGGGCGCUCUGGGGUCCUGAACUUCAGGCCCAACUGCAGACAUUUAAGUGUGCGCUGCACACGCGCAGGCACGCGCAGCCGUUCGCCAUCUUGCCGGUUCCCUACCGAGCGGAAACAGAGGCACAAUGAACUUCUCGCACACAACGGCACCACAGAAGGUAAAGACGUUGCGUUUAUCUAAUGAAAACUGCAGACAUCUAAGUGUGGACAAAGUGAGUUUUUAUUAAGUUAUGCUCAGCGACGUUUUUGACACAGAUAAACUUAAUUAAAAAAAGCUUAAAAUCCUCUCCUGCACAGCAGUGCACUCUGGUGGGGACGGCUCCUAAUGCAAAGACGCCAUUGGUGUUAGUAUAGUUUGAUAAAAAAUAAAAAAGUCAUAGGAUAGUAUGAUAAGAAAAAAUUUCAUAGUAUAGUAUGAUAAAAAAAAAAAUCAUAGUAUAGUAUGAUUUAAAAAUGGUCAUAGUAUAGUAUGAUAAAAAUGCAAUGGUAUAGUAUGAUAAAAAUGCAAUGGUAUAGUAUGAUCAAAAUGUCACGGUAUAGUAUGAUAAAAAUAUCAUAGUAUAGUAUGAUUUAAAAAUGGUCAUAGUAUAGUAUGAUAAAAAUGUCAGAAUCUCAUGAUAAAUAUGUCAUAGUAUAGUAUGAUACAAAUGUCAUAUUAUAGAAUGAUAAAAAUGUCAUCACAUCACAAUACUGUGUGACAGUAAUUGAGAAAGAGGUAAAUGUAGGUGGCAGCUGCCUUUCUAUCUAUACCUGACCGUCUCUCACUUCGGCAAAAAAUAAACCAAGCAGAAUUAAAGACGACAGGAUGGUGCGGUUAGCUGACACGCUUGUUUUUCAAAACCACUCUCUUUUUUUCUCCUUCCUGAGUGACAGGAUGUAAGAUCUACAAGAUAGAGAGAGUUGUCCACCAGAGUGACUCAACUUGGCUCAUCCCCACCUGUGACAUGAUCCAGCAUGCUUGUUACAACGCCUGGUUCUGAGCAGCGACACUGGUGUUGUGUCAGCGCGGCCUGCUCGGUGUUGUGUUGCAUAAAAGUGAUGUCAUGUAGCCCGUGGUCGCAGCAACACAACCCUUCAUUUGAGUAAAGGAUGAGUGUAAUUACAGUCAUCACAUUAACAACUCUGCCUUUCUUAAAGAGACCCCGGUUUGUCAUUGGAGUUAAAAUCAUUUUCCUCAAAGUGCUUUGUAGGAAUCCAACUCUUUCAGCGAGAAGGAUGAGAAGUUGUCCGAACUUUAGGAUUUGCUUUUCCACCCUCUUACUCGAACUGAAACAAGAAACAUUUGUCUCCAUUCAUUCAAACUUCCUCUUUAAGCCACAGUGUUCCUCUUCUGCAGCAGACCAUUUUCUUGACCGCACUAAUUUCCCUCUCAUCUCUCCACAGUAUGCUUCCAUUCAAAGCGGCUCCGGGUCAGUUCAGUCCCGAGAUCCGAGAGCAGGGCCUCCGAGUGUGGAGGGUGGAGAAGAUGAAGGCGGUGCUGCUGGAUUCCUCUGAAGUUGGAGCGUUUUAUAACGGGGACUCUUACCUGGUUCUGGAUAACCGGGGUCCAGGACUAGUCAAUAUUCACAUGUGGUUAGGUAAGAAAGAUGAGAAACACUAUGGUGGUCUUCUUUUUUAAGCUAAAAUGAGUUGAUUCAUGAAAAAACAUCAAUGAGAGUUUUAGUCUAAUUCAUAAAAACUCCUAACAUGAGCUUUAAGUCCUCUGUAGAUUCAUCAUUAAAGGGAUAUUCCGGCGUAAUAUUAAGUUAGGGUCAAACACACCGUAACACUGAGUUAGACACCCUGUCGAGAGAUAAAUGUUGCCGACCGCUUGCUUCUCUAGUUAUACCAACUUUAGUAAUGAUAGCAAUUCAGAGAGCUACGUACUCAACCAAACCACCACUCUAUAGCCACAAAUAAUGCUCAGAACAGCACCUAACAUCUUUUUAGCUUUGCCUGAUUUCUUCAGCAAAGAGACUAAACACAACUCACCUUCUCUCUUUCAGCAGCCCCUUGUUUGUACGGAGACCUCUGGGCGAGUCAAUUGACUGCAGCGGGGUGACGCAGCUCAAGGAAGAACAUUUAUGAUCAUUUCUUUAUCAUUUCCUUGAAAUAAUAAUCACCAUAUUAAUCAUUUUGCAUGUCAAAUGCGGUAGUUCUUCUGCCUUAGCGUCUCGGUCUGAUUGCAUUUCCAUGAGGAAAUGAUCAUAAAUGUUCUUCCUUGAGCUGCGAAACUCCGCUGCAGUCGAUGGACUGGCCUGGCUUGGACUAUGGCUGGGACCCUAUAUGUACUGUUGAUGAAGUUAGGUGCUGUUCUGAGCAUUAUUUGUGGCUAUAGAGUGGCGUUUUGGUUGAAUAUCCCUUUGAAGCUUCAGGAAGAAACAUCAAGUUUGUGUUGAUUUUGGCGCCCCCUCAAGGAUAAAGCAGUGCCUCUUUUCUCCUUCCUGGUCACAAACAAGGUAACUGAGUAGAAAAUCAAAAUAGAGUCUCCUUCAUUUAUUAGUCUGACAUGUAUGCACUACAAAACUAAAAACACAACAACAUCAAACAGAGUCUGUGUUAAGACCUAUUUAACAGCAGUAUGUGGUUAAAACUUAAAGAGACGAGCCCUCUAAUGUUGACGACACACGAGACUCAGGGCUGACCUGCUGCAUCAUUGUUUAGAGAGUGAGAUCAGGCGGAGAGGAGUGGAGGGGAUGAGCACAGGGGAAGAGAGGUCCGGAGGGAAACUGGGAUGGUUUUUGAGCACGGCUCAUUAAAAAUACAGGAGGGCUGUUACAGUACUCAAAUGUGGCUGUUGUUUCCAGCAUGUAUCCGGCUCUUAGGUAACACUAAGCUGAUUGUCACAGCGUGGAGAGAGCUCUCUGUGCUCACGCAUGUAUCACCUCCAGGCCUCACUCCCUCCUCCACCUGAUUAGUGUGGGUUAUCCUUGUUUCUGCUUUUGUUCGACUGACCUAUGACCUCUUAUCAGCAGCUUGUUUUGUCAUUUAAUAUCGGACAUCUUAACCUUUUUGGAGCCCCACAUGCUGCUAAUUUAAAGAUUAUCAUUUUGCACCGGCAGUAUGAUAACUGUAUCGCACCAACAUGCGUGUUUAGUCCUACAAAAUUCAGAAAUUCUGACCUCCUUUCUGUAUUGUAGGUGAGAAGUCAUCAAGAGACGAGCGGGUGGCGUGCGCCAUGCUUGGCACGCAGUUGGACAACUACCUGGGUGGUGAACCGAUUCAGCACCGAGAGGUUCAGGGCUACGAGUCCAUGGAGUUCAUGACUUUGUUUCCCAGAGGAGUCAGCUACAAGGUGAGGAGGAGACACACCUGACUAUGAGUGUAAAGAAAGUUCUCAAGCUCAGUUCUCAUUUUCCAUCUUGUUCAUGUGAUGCCGUCAAAGUAUACUGAUAGGAUCUUGAGAUUUGUCCAUAUCAUACAAGAAGAUUUCACCACUUCCUGUUACAGCUUUGCAAAACCCCUGCAUGUUUUCUGUGGUUUAGCUGGAUGAUAUUGCCUCUGUGACAAAGUACCAUCAUGUCACCACCCUGUUUGCACAUGUGCCGACCAGAGCUUGUUAAAACAAACCGGGAAGUUCAAUCUCAAACCUCGGUGACCUUUCCGGGCAGAAUAACAAACAAUAAACAUAAAACAGUAAAAAAAGAAAAACUACAAUGUGCUUUCAGGAGGGAGGAGUGGAGUCCGGCUUCAGGAGGCCUCAAGGCAGCGGUACCAUUCAGAGGUUGUACCAGGUCAAAGGGAAACGCAACAUCCGUGCCAAGGAGGUGGAGCUGUCCUGGAGCAGCUUCAACAAGGGAGACUGCUUCAUCCUCGACCUGGGCGAGGUGAGCGUGAGAGAUCUGAACCCCCAAAAAACCUUCAACUACUUUCCAAUCAAAGUGAUGGUUUUACCAAUGAUGUGAUUUCACUCUGCAGACCAUCGUGUCCUGGAUCGGGUCGCAGGCCAACAUCUUCGAGAAGCAGAAAGUGCGCGAGAUCGCUUCACUGAUUCGUGACACGGACAGACACGGAAAAGCAAAAAUCAUGGACACGAACGAAGGGGAGGAGCCAGAGGAGAUGCUGAAGGUAGGCACAGACUGACACAUAAUACAUAAUAGUGUUGUAGUACUCCAGAUCAGUCUUGAGGGUCUUGGUGUCAUCACGGAAUCGAAGGCAUUUUCAUUGGUCUUGUCUCGGUCUCGGUCCUCUCUGGUCUCGGUCAUGUCUUGGUCUCGGUUGGUGCGGUCCUGACUACAACACUAAUACAUAAUUCUGAACUUUUUUUGCUAGCUACAAAAAAAAUAAAAAUAAAUCAAGGGACUGUAGAGAAAGCUAAUUUCAUGGUGUUUGUGUUGUGUCUCUGUAGGUCCUGGGUAAGAUGCCCGAGCUACCGGAGAGCACGGAGGAGGACACCAAGGCAGACGCAUCAAACUCAGCCUCCCUGUUUAAGGUCAGCCUUAAUAACUCCUCUUGUUUUUUAAUUCUCAAACCCUAUUAAUAAUAAAGGAUAAAACAAACGUGUACGUCCUCCACAGGUGUCAGAUGCAACAGGAUCUAUGUCGACAACCAAAGUGUCAGGAAAGAGCCCGUUCGACAAAGAGCUGCUGGUGCGAGACGACUGCUUUAUUCUGGACAACGGGGCCAACGGGAAAAUCUUUGUCUGGAAAGGUCGGGCUCUAACGCCUUUAAUGCUCACAAAGGAAAUAUGCAGUUUUACUUUAGACUAUGUGUGAAAAUUAGUCUGGGGUUAACCAUGAUCCGACAGGGGAAUUUGGGUUAGAAUGAACCUUGUGUAAAGGAGUUAGGACAACUUCCUGUUCCAUGGCGACACACUGAAACCCUUUUUGAAGAUCAAACUCAACGUACCUUUAGUUUACUAAAUUGCUGAUGCUAAUAUAAUCCAUUUAUCAACUUUCAGGUAACGGAGCAAAUGCUGAGGAGAAGCAGGUGGCGCUGCAGAUGGCGGAUAACUUCAUCGACCAAAUGCAGUACAACAGGAUGAAAACUCAGGUACCGAACAUUCCUCUUACUUGGAAUGAACAUUUUAAAACCCCAAACAAUACUGAUGUACUAAUAUAUAGUUACCCUACAGUACCUGCUCAAUGAUUUAUAUUAAGCAAAAUUACAUUAACGACUGUGUUUGUGUGUUUGUGCUGCAGGUGGAGAUCUUGCCGCAGGGGAAGGAGACGAUCAUCUUCAAGCAGUUUUUUAAGAACUGGAACUAAAAGUUUCAGUGGAUUUAUUUGACAAACGCUGCACUAGAGGGCCCGCUAAAUAUCCGCGACACUGCUUCUGAUAAUAAAACAGAUUUUUUUAUAUGCAUCGACUUACAUGUACAUAUUUGUAGGUACUGUCAGAAGCUUAAAAUAAAAGGUGUAACUUUUAUAUACAAACAAAGAGUGAACUACUGAGAUGUUACUGAUAUUUGGAGCCUAAAAAAAGGUCUUAAAGUUUUUUUUUUAACAUUUGUUUUAGUGUCACAGAUUUGCCUGCAUGAAAAAAAUAAACCUGAAACUGCUUCUUAUGA